AUGAAAAGAUCUAUAUCUUUGAAUCAAAUACUGAAUGGGAACCCUAUAUCUAAGAGAACUAAGCUGAAUGGGAGCAAAGUAAAAGGAAUAUCGAAAGACCCAGAGACUGUCGACCUUGUGGAGCUACCUGAGCAGGUAGACCUCAAUAAUAUUCAAACAAAUAAACCAAAAAUUAUUCCACUUGGUGAUAAUGUAUCCAACGUCUCGGUGAAGACAUUUCUGAUGAGGAAACCAUCAAAGUUUAAUAGGCAAACUAAAACAGAAAUAAAAUCUUCAAAAACAAGUCGAUACAAAAAAGAUGUAGUACCUUUAGAUGAUUUAGAAAAUACAGCUGAUGAAGGAGAUCACAUGAAAAUGCAAGAAGUAAUAAAUUUGGAGAACAAACAUUUUGAAAAAUUGAUUAAUCCAAAAAAGUUAAUUCAACCAAGAUCCAAUGGAAAGAAGACCAACUUAAAGGAACCAUUAGUGAAUAUGAGAAACAAUAAUCGUAAUACUAUUACAAAUACAUAUGAUGGUGAAUAUACUACAAAGUCCUUCAGGAGAUGCAACAGUGUUUCCAAAUUAGAUCAUUUACUACUACCCUUACCCCAUACUCCAUUGACUGAACCAUUUGAAUCUUUUAAUAACAUCACUUCUAAUAAUAAUGAUAUUGAACUAAAACAGUUACACAAAAAGAAUUCAAGUGUUAUUUCGUACCAAAUGUCAUUAUAUAUACUUGGAAUGUUUACAUCUAAUUAUAUUUUAAAACUUAAUAAAAUAUACAAAAUAAUAGAAAUAUAA